GUGGGCUCGACCCCGGGGUGAGGGCUCCGGGCUGGUGUGUGGACGCGGGGCCCCGUGGGAGCCGUGUGAAUUCGGACUCAUUAGUGGGGACCCUGGCAGUAUGGACCCUUUGGUAGGAGCUGUAUCUAUAUGGGCCCGUCGCUAGGCAUGGCCUGUCACAUGCUCGGUUAACUUUAUAAUUCAUUUAGUGGGUUGGCUUUUCCAUCGAUCCAAAUUCCUCUUUCUUUGCUAACACCCCAUCUAUGAGUUUCAAUAACAUAAGUCUUUUUUUUGCACAUAAAAAGCUGCACUUAAUUGAUGUAUACACGUUGAGUUCGGAGAUAAGUGUGCACGGGAAGCCAUUACAGUGUAGGCCAUAAUCAUGUCCAUCACCUCCAGAAGUUUCCUCCCACCCUCUUAUUAUUUUGUGAUAAAAACACCGUCAGAGCUGCCCUCUCCGCAAGCUUCGGAGUGUCCCGGCGCUGCGCUGCAGGCCUCAAGGGCACACUCACCCCGCACAACCGAAACUACCGUUUGACUAACGCCACCCCCAGCCACCAUUCCACUGUUUCUCUGACUUUAUUUCAGAUUCCCUAUGUGAGUGGAGUCAUGUAUUUGUCCUGUGUCUGCCUCAUUUCACUUAGCAUAGUGUCCUCCAGGUUCAUCCACAUGGUCACAAAUGGCAAAUUUUCCUUUUUGAACUCCCACGGCAUGUAUACACUAUAUUGCUAUCCACUCAGCCGUUGAUUUACAUGGCUUCUGUAUUGCGGGCUUUUGUGAAUAAUGCUGCAGUGAACAUGGGGUAUGGCUGUCCCAGAGAUCCUCAUUUCAUUUUCUUUGGGUAAAUAAACACCCAGAAAUGGGUUGCAGGGUCACAUGGCAGUUUUAUCUGGUCUUUUGAGGAACCUCCAUACUGUUUUGCGUAGUAGCUCCAGCGACUGACAUUCCUAUCAACAGUACAGAACACAGUCUUACUACGGGUAAAAUUGAAACGGAUUAAGUUAACGCCGAAUAUAACAAGAUAAGUAGAGUGCUGGUUCAGAAAUUAUUUCUUCAUAGGGUAUACCUUAAAAAUUGUGGGAAGAUUGGACAGGGAGGAAUUUGUAUGUAUGUGCGCAAACAUGUAACUGUGUCCGUGAAUUUAGAACACAUAAAACUUGUCAAGCCUAGGCCUUAAAACAAUAAGCCGUUUCAUGCCUGAGCUGGAAGGGCAGGCUGCUCAGAUAUCUUCAGAGCCGCCGAACAGAUUCCUCUGUGUGGGGGGCUGCACUCGAAGGUGCUGGGUGCAGCCUGGCUGGGUGGAGAGCUGGUGCACCUCUGAUCCCCCUCAGGCGGGGACACAGAUUCUUGGAGAAAGGCAGGACUAGGAGGGCCACCUCCAGGACUUGCCUCUUCUGACAUUUUUCAAGAGAAGCUGGAAAUCCGAACAUUUUUUAAUGUGAACCUUGUAAAAUUUGAAAAAGUUGGCAACUAAUUAAAAAUAUUGAAACACUGUGAGGCUCAAAGAAAUGGUGUGGGCCACUGACGUGCGAUCUCCACUGUGUUUCUAGUGGUCUUAUUAUUACAGUGCUGACGGAAGAACAGCCAAACCUGUAGAAAAUUUUUAUAAUAAUUUGAGCCAAGCAGAGGAUACGACUGAAAACAAGAUUUCCAGACGGAGAAAAAUGCUUCCCAGAAAUGACAGUUUUCUGUCAUUUUUUUGCAUCUGGAAUUAAGGAAGGGACGACUUGGGACCUUCGUGGAGUGACGCUCUCCGUCCUGGGCGUCCUCUUCCGCUGAAGCAUGGCGACCCCGGACGUGAGUGUGCACAUGGAGGAGGUGGUGGUGGUGACGACGCCUGACACCGCGGUGGACGGCAGCGGUGUGGAGGAGGUGAAGACGGUGCUGGUGACCACCAACCUGGCUGCUCACGGCGCUGCGGCUGCUGCCUUCACAGCGUCCUCGCAGCUCAAGGAGGCCGUGCUAGUGAAGAUGGCUGAAGAGGAGGAGAACCUGGAGGCCGAGAUCGUGUACCCCAUCACCUGCGGAGACAGCAGAGCCAACCUGAUCUGGAGGAAGUUCGUGUGCCCCGGCAUCAACGUGAAGUGUGUUCAGUACGACCAGCACGUCAUCAGCCCAAAGGAGUUCGUGCACCUGGCCGGCAAGUCCACCCUGAAGGACUGGAAGAGGGCCAUCCGCAUGAACGGCAUCAUGCUCAGGAAGAUCAUGGACUCCGGGGAGCUGGACUUCUACCAACACGACAAGGUCUGUUCCAACACCUGUCGCAGCACCAAGAUCGACCUCUCAGGAGCCCGUGUGUCCCUGAGCAGCCCCACGUCCGCCGAGUUCCUCCCGCUCACGCCCGCCACGGCUGAUGUGAACGGGUCUUCCGCAACCAUCACCAUCGAGACGUGCGAGGACCCCAGUGACUGGACCACGACUGUUGGAGAUGACACCUUUGCCUUCUGGCGAGGGCUCAAGGAUGCUGGCCUGCUGGACGAGGUCAUCCAGGAGUUCCACCAGGAGCUAGUGGAGACCAUGAAGGGCCUGCAGCAGAGGGUCCAGGACCCGCCCCUGCAGCUCCGAGACGCCAUCCUGCUCAACAAUGUCGUGCAGAACUUUGGCAUGCUGGACCUGGUGAAGAAGGUGCUGGCCAGCCACAAGUGCCAGAUGGACCGCUCGCGAGAGCAAUACGCCCGCGACCUGGCAGGUGCGUGGGGCCCAGGUCCCUGGUCCCUGCAGCGUGGACAGCUCCUUCUGAGACCUGCAGAGGCAGAGCCUGUGUGGAGGCGGGACGGGCAGAUGCUGAGCACUGACCACAGGGGCAGUGACGCUCAGACCACCGUGUGGGCGGGCGGCGGCGGGCGGGUGACAGGUGCUGCUGUGACCCGCUUUUACCUUAACGGGUCACGCAGCCCCCCUCCCUGCCACGUGGCCGAUCGGUGUCGGGAAGAGCUGAAGCACAAGUCCCAGCACCUCAGCAACGUGCUCAUGACGCUGACCCCCGUGUCCUUGCCGCCCCCCGUGAAACGGCCCCGGCUCGCGAGGGCCACGUCCGGGCCGGCCGCCAUCGCCUCCCAGGUGCUCGGCCAGUCCGCCCAGCUCGCCCUCAGCCCAGGCGUGCCUGUCUCCCCGCUGACUGGCGUGCCGCUCGGCAAAGUGGUGUCCGCCCUGCCCUCCCCGAUGCUGGGAAAGGGCCCUCCGCAGGCCACUCCUGCCAGCUCCCCGGCCUCGCCACUGCUUGGGGGCUACACGGUGCUGGCGUCACCAGGCACCGCCUUCCCAGGCACGGUGGAGAUCCAUCCAGACGCGCCCAGCCUCACGGUGCUGAGCACGGCCGCCAUGCAGGACGGCAGCACUGUGGUCAAGGUGGUGAGCCCGCUGCAGCUGCUCACCUUGCCAGGCCUGGGCCCCACCCUGCAGAACGUGGCCCAGGUGUCACCCGGGGGCAGCACCAUUGUGACAGUGCCCACGGGGGCCGUGGAAAGUGCCGUGGCCGCCCCGGGACCCGAGGAACAUUCGGCCACCAUUGAGGUGGCCGCCAUGGCAGAGGGCCGUGAGCACAAGUAGCUGCUGGCGGAGGUGAGGC